AUGCACCCAUGCCACAUUGUUCGUCGUUCUCUUAAUUGGUACAGAGGCCACUCCCAACUCCCAAGUGGCAUUAUAACCGUUCAAGUGACGCACUUUAACACAAAGCAAAUAGAAUUCUCACAAGGCUCUCGGGAACUCACACAAAUCUCUCUCAACACUACUGCGUGCGUGUACGUGCGUGUGUGUGUGAGAGAGAGAGAAGGGAGAGGGCUGGCCGGGUUAAGGGUGGCAUUGAGUCGACUCGGCGGAGGGAAUCGGCGGAGGAAAGUGAAGAUUAAGGUGAUGGAGUGGUGGCAGAAAAUGGUUUUCCCUGUUAGAAGAGCUUGGUGUGCUUUUACUGCACGCGUCAAGACUCGCAAAAACGGUGACGGGCUUCUGAAACUUCGCGAUGACAUUCAAACUUGUGGGUACGAGGAUGUGCAGAUAAUGUGGGAUAUGUUAAGAUCAGAAACGGAAAAUAUGUCUCGCCAUGACAAGCGCAAGAAUCGAUGGUUUUGGAGGAACUUGUCAUGGUCCAACCGUCAAGCUCCAUCUUUUGUAAAUCACUCUCAAUAAAGAAUGUUUACUCGUGUGGUUUACUUACUACAACAAUAAUGCCCCGUCCAAUAUGAAGUCGCGCAGAAGCUUUACAAGACAAAUCUGAUGUUUUACGUGAUAUGGUUAUCACGAGAAAAAACAUUCGAAUCUUGAAAGGACGUCGUCUUGAAAAAAUAAAGUCGUUUGUAAAUACACGAUGUUUUGUAAUGAUCCUUGAAGUACUCUUACUGUUAUAAAUAAGAACUCCUUUGAGUCAAUUUAACAAUUGCAAUUGUUGAUUUCGA